AUGCUUACAAAUAGAAUUUUAUUUUCAAAAGAGAAUGUAUUUGUCUACCCUCCAGAAAUAGAAAAAGGUAUAAAAGGUACAAUAUCAAUAUGUAGUUUAGAUAAAGGGUCUAUAUAUUUAUGUUGGAUACCAGAUUUAGAUCAAGAUGAUAGUCAAAAUACUUCACAAGACGAUAAUGACAAUAGUAAUACAAAUACAAUGUUUAAUAAAAAUCCACUAGCAGCCAGCACAAUUGUUGAAAUUGAUGACCAAAAUUCAUGGGUGGUAAGAGUGCAUAUUAAAGAAUUAAAGUCAAUUAAAAAGUAUACACCAAAUAUAGGCACACCAUAUAUUAUAAUCACCAGUAGAAAGGGUACAGCUUUCUUUCCUUUCUUUUUUGAACAUGGAGGUGUUAGAGAAUUUUUAAAAUCAUUAUCACAAAUUAUACAUUUAAAAAAAUCAAACCUUGAUUCAAAUUUUUUUACAGUUGUUGAUUUUUCAGAUCCAGUACAAAGAAGUUUAUCAAGUAUGAAUUUGUCAGAGUUUUAUAAUGAGGAGGACCAAGAGCAGCCUCAACCAUUACAGCAGCAGCUCUUUAGUGAACCAUUAUCACCGCAGCAACCCCAGCAAGAAUCACUAUAUCAACAAUUAAAAAGACAGCAAAAAUUAGAAGAGGAUUUUAAUAAAGAUUUAACAUUUGAACAUGAUAUGGAGUUACACAAUCAAGAAAAAGAUUCAAAAUAUUCACUUUUAUCAUCAACUAACCAAUUAAAGAAAGCACAAGAAAUAUCUGUAUCAUUAGCCAAUAGUUUUAAUAGUAAUAAUAGUGGAAACAAUAGUACAAAUACGAGUUUCAAUACAAGUAGUAAUAUUAAUAUUAAUAGCUCCAACAGUACCAAAUCAAAUAAUACCAACAUUCUUAGUAGUUCAACAUCUGUAUUACAACCUCCAAUACCAUCAGUAUCAACAUCAUUUAGUAAAUCUACCAAUGGUCUAUCAUUAUCAUCACUAUUAUCUAGAUCUACAUCACCAACAUCACCAAUACCAAUUGAAAAAAAUAAUACAUCCAUUUCAACAUCACCUUUACCAUCACCAUCAACUACCAAAUAUUUAUCAACAAGUGUUGGCAGCGAUAAUGAAGCAAAUAAAAGAGAUAGCGAUAACAACUCAUUAUCGACUUCACCAACAAAUAAAAGAGCAUUAAAACGUGAAAUAUCCUCAAGUAUAUUUGAUAACUUUGCAAAGGUUAACCAGUUGGCAAAAUCUGUACAAAAAAAUAUCUUUGAAGAACCAGCAAAGAAAAUAGAUAAUCAUUUUAGAAAUUUAAUUAGUGGAUCAAAAACAUCAUCAAUAGGAUCACAAUUAUCACCACAGAAUCCAAAUAAUCAAUAUUUUGAUAUAUUAAAUGAAUCAACAUCAUCAUUGAAUGCAUCAACCGAUUAUUUUACACCAUUUAAUAUAUCAUCAUCCAACUUUUCAAUAGAGUUGGGCGUAAACAGAAGAGAAUGCAAUCCUUUAUCACCAAGUGAAUGGUAUAGCUAUUUUGAUGACGAAGGAAGAAUAUGUUUAGCAAACCAACAAAUAUUAUUAAAGAAAAUAUUCUAUGGAGGUAUUGAUGAUUCAAUUCGUCAAGACGUUUGGCCAUUUUUAUUGGGUUUCUAUUCAUUUGACUCUACUUAUUCUAGCAGAGAAGUGGUUAAAUAUGAAAAAACUCAACAGUACUUCACAAUUAAGAGACAAUGGGAAUCUAUAUCAUGCGAACAAGAAUCAAGAUUUUCAAAAUACUCAUCUAGAAAAAUGCUCAUUCGUAAAGAUGUCAUUAGAACCGAUAGAUUGCAUCCAAUGUUCGUGUAUGGAGAGGAUGAUUUUGACCAAAAUCCAAACCUAAAGCUAAUGAAUGAUAUAUUGCUCACAUAUUCAUUCUUUAAUUUCGAUAUUGGUUAUGUGCAAGGUAUGAGUGAUUUAUUAUCACCCAUUCUCAACGUUAUGAAAUGCAAAGAGGUAGAGUCGUUCUGGUGCUUCAAGGGCCUAAUGGAUAGAUUAGAGAGUAAUUUCCACAAGGAUCAAAACGGUAUGCACACUCAACUAUCAACAUUAUCAAAACUUUUAAAGUUUAUAGAUUUAGAACUAUACUCUCAUUUGGAACAAAACAACGGCGAAAAUAUGUACUUUUUCUUUCAGUCUAUUUUAAUUUGUUUCAAGAGAGAAUUUUCAUUUGCUGACGUCAAAACUCUUUGGGAAAUAUUAUGGAGCAACUAUCUAACUAAAAAUAUACCAAUUUUCAUGUGCUUAUCAAUUUUAUUAAAAGAAAGAAAUAAUAUAUUGGAAGAAAAUAUGGCAUUUGAUCAAAUCUUAAAAUUAAUAAACGAAAAAUCAAAUAAAAUGAACUUGGAGGACAUCUUAAUUGAUUCAGAGUCACUUGUAAAAUAUUUCAUAGUAAAACAAAUGUCUAUAAACGCAGAUAAAUCAUUAAUAAAAUUAAAAGAAUCAAUUUCAAUUUAUUAA